GAAGCUUCAUGGGGUUCUCCCUAUAAGUUAAGACCAUUAAGAAACAAAAUCAAAGAUAGCGUUUGCAGUUGAUGUACGGCCGGGACUAAGACGCAAUUGGGGACAGAUUUCGUGGAAACAUUCCCGGUAUCCUAGGUGUGCAAGCGACGUCGGGGACACGAGGGUCUGCAGAAGCUGGAAAUUUGGAUCAACGCUGGAGGAACUCGACAUGUCAAGCAGCAUCGAGGGAGGGAAAUGGAGACCCUAUGUUUUGGGCCAAGACCCUUCAUCGGGACUGUUGCUAACGAAGGGUCUUUGCCUGAAACAUCGACUGCUUAUUUCCUUCCAGAGACGUCGCCUGGACGCGUUGAGUUCCUCCAGCGCUGUGCGUCUGUUGUCCUUGCGAUGUUCAGUAUAUUGUAAAAGAAAUGGGUGUUUUGAGUGAGACUUGCGUGACUGUGUCUCGUCACAAUCUCUUAAGAUUGUUUACCUAUCUCCUUUACUGAUUCCGGUGAGGGUGGAAAUAUUUGAUGAAUGAGAGAGAGAGAAAAAAGUUUUUUCCCUUCCCAGUUUAUUCCAUCUGACUGCCGCAAGCAGCAUUCAAGUCAACACAGACCGCCUGCUCUCCUUGGCCUCUCUGCCCUCCCAUCUCCACAGCAGCCUUGAUUUAUUGGAGUCGUCCAGCUGACGGGAAGCCAGCCCCCUCCCCCUCUCACCUCUUAAACAUUCUGCUGAAACUCGCCGAAAUCCUGGGAAAACAAUGCUCCCUUUCCCUCGUGUUGACGAGUUUAGACCCCUGAAGUGAGGGGAGGAAGCGGCGAACCAGACAACUGUGAAGUGGUACAUUCACCAUUGGAAUAAAUACAGAAGUAAAAUGACCGAGGAGGGGAAGUCGGAGAGUAAAGGAGAAAUUAGCGGCAAAGAUUUGGAAAAACAGCUUCGUCUUCGUGUUUGUGUUUUAACCGAAAUCCUGAAGACUGAGAGAGAUUACGUGGAGACUCUGGAGUUCCUCGUCUCGGCAUUUCUUCAGCGAAUGAUUCAACAUGCAGCUUCUAGAGUUGACAAAAAUGUGACGGAAGAAACAGUUAAGACGUUGUUUUCUAAUAUUGAGGACAUUCUUGGAGUCCACAAAGAAUUCCUGAGUAUGAUUGAGCAGUGCCUGCAGCCUGAGCCUAAUGCCCAACAUGAAUUGGGAAGCUGUUUUCUUCAAUUUAAGCAUCGAUUUUCUAUCUAUGAUGAGUACUGCAGUAAUCAUGAGAAAGCACAGAGGCUGCUAUUGGAACUGAAUAAAAUGCGGACGGUGCGGACAUUUUUGCUGGGUUGUAUGCUGCUUGCAGGACGGAAGAACCCUGAUGUUCCACUUGAAGGAUAUCUAGUGGCUCCCAUACAAAGGAUCUGCAAGUAUCCACUUCUGUUAAAGGAAUUGAUGAAGAGGACACCAAAGAAGCAUAAUGACUAUUCAGCAGUACUUGAGGCUCUUCAGGCCAUGAAAACGGUAUGCUCCACCAUUAAUGAAGCCAAACGACAAAUGGAAAAGCUGGAAAUUCUCGAAGAAUGGCAGUCACAUAUUGAAGGAUGGGAGGGAUCCAAUAUAACAGAUACAUGCACUGAAAUGCUGAUGCAAGGGAUUUUACUGAAAAUUUCAGCUGGAAAUAUUCAGGAACGAGUUUUCUUCCUCUUUGAUAACUUGCUGGUAUACUGUAAAAAGAAGCAUAGACGCUUAAAGAAUACUUCUCACCCAAAGAAAGUGCCUGAUGGACAUCGGUACCUUUUUCGUGGCAGGAUAAAUACAGAGAUCAUGGAAGUGGAAAAUGUUGAUGAUGGAACAGCGGAUUAUCAUAGCAGUGGUCAUACAGUGAUCAAUGGUUGGAAAAUACAUAACACUGCCAAAAAUAAAUGGUUCGUCUGCAUGGCAAAAUCAUCAGAAGACAAACAGGAAUGGCUUGAGGCCUUUCUAAAGGAGCGAGAACGAAGAAAGAGUUUGAAACUAGGCGUGGAACAAGAUACCUGGAUGAUGAUCUCUGAGAAAGGGGAAAAGUUGUACCAUAUGCUGUGUAAACAGGAAAAUUUAAUCAAAGACCGAAAACGGAAACUCAGCACAUUUCCAAAAUGCUUUUUGGGCAGUGAGUUUGUCGCAUGGCUGAUGGAAAUUAAAGAGAUCAGUAAACCUGAAGAAGGAGUUCAUCUGGGCCAAGCGCUGUUGGAGAACGGAAUCAUCCAUCAUGUAACAGAUAAACACCAGUUUAAACCUGAUCAUAUGCUGUACAGAUUUCGAUAUGAUGAUGGAACAUACCAUCCAAGAUGUGAAAUUCAAGAUGUUAUUUCGAAGGGUGUGAGACUUUACUACCGACUUCAUAGUCUAUUUACUCCUGUGAUUAAGGAUAAAGACUACCAUCUAAGAACUUACAAGUCAGUGGUCAUGGCAAACAAGCUGACAGACUGGCUAAUUGCACAGGGAGACUGUAAGACCAGAGAGGAAGCAAUAAUCCUGGGUGUGGAACUGUGUGACAAUGGUUUUAUGCACCACGUACUUGAAAAGAGUGAAUUUAAAGAUGAAACCCUUUUAUUCCGAUUUUUUGCUGAUGAGGAAAUAGAAGGCUCAAAUUUAAGGCAGAAGCACAUGCGACAUGACUUGAAAAUAGUCGAAAAUGUUAUAGCCAAGUCAUUGUUGAUUAAAGCUCAAGAUGGAAGUUAUGGUUUUACUCUGGAGGAGAGAAACAAGGUUCCUAUUGUGAAGUCUGUGGAGAAGGGAUCUUAUGCUGAGAUGGCAGGCCUAGAGGUCGGGAAAAAGAUUUUUGCUAUCAAUGGAGAUGUGGUUUUCCUUCGACCCUUUCAGGAAGUCGAAUGCUUCCUGCAGCACUGCUUCAAUAGCAAGAGGCCUCUCAGGGUGCUUCAGAGCACAAAGCCACGAGAGACAAUAAAGAUUCCAGACUCUGCGGAUGGUCUUGGAUUUCAGAUUCGAGGAUAUGGUCCAUCAGUUGUCCACGCUAUUGGCAGAGGAACCGUAGCAGCAGAAGCAGGCCUCCAUCCUGGUCAAUGCAUCAUCAAAGUAAAUGGCAUCAACGUAAGCAAGGAGAGUCAUGCAAGUGUGAUAGCACAUGUCACAGCGUGUCGGAAGUACAAGCAUCCUUCACAGCAAGACUCCAUUCAGUGGGUGUAUCAUAAUAUUGAGAGUGGUCAGGAGGAGCUUCAGAAAUUCUGUGUAAAGAGCCCAGCUUCAGGAGGAACUGACACCGUUGUACAAGAAAGAUUUAAUGAAGAGGUUUUCGAUAAAUUUAACACAAUGGCUUUAAUUGAUGGGAAGAAGGAUCAUGUGAGCCUAACAGUAGAUAAUGUUCACUUGGACUAUGGUGUGGUGUAUGAGUAUGACAGUACUGCUGGUACAAAGUGCCAUGUUUUGGAGAAAAUGAGUGAACCUAAGGGAUUCUUCAAUUUGACUGCAAAGGUCCUUGAGUGUUUUGCUAAGAAUGAUGAACAAUUUGUGGAAAGUUGUGGCAGGCUAACCUGCCUAAGUGAAGCAAUCCCUCCUAAACUCCAUUCAAGGUUCAGCGUCAAGCGCAGUGAGAAGCUUGAACAUAUUAACCGAAGGAUUAUGACCUACAAGAAGUUUUCACGAGUUUUGAAAAACCGAGCCUGGCCAACUUUUAAGCAAGCCAAGUCCAAGAUAUCGCCACUGCACAGCAGUGAUUUCUGUCCCACCAAUUGCCAUAUAAAUGUCAUGGAAGUAUCCUAUCCCAAAAAUGUUGCAUCACUGGGAAGCGCCUUUGGUGUUCAGCUGGACAGUCGGAAGCAGUCCUGCAGUGAUAUUGACCAAAAAAGCUUCGAUCAAGAUAAACUGGAUCCAGUGGAAUAUGUUCAUCACUGCAUUGCCACCAUGGCAGCUCCCUCCGGACACAGCUUGGGUCAGCAAAACGGGCCUGGCCUGUACUUCACCCUGAAGGAAAAGGAUAUUGAAACUCAAGAUGCAUACCAGAAGCUUCUGAAUAAGUUGCAGACAGUUGUGAAGGAACUGGAAUCGUAUAUUGGUCAGAUAGAUGACCUGCUUUCAUCAAUAACCCAUCCAACUACACCAGAGAUGAAGUCGGCAGAAUCACUAAUAACAGGAGAGAAUGACACUGACAAGGUAGAACGGAACAGCAAAAAGGUCUGCUUUGUGGUAACUGGAGAUGAUCAGGAAGAUUCAGGUCAUGAUACAAUAAGCAACAGGGAUUCCUACAGUGACUGCAACAGCAAUAGGAAUUCUAUUGCUUCCUUUACAAGUAUCUGCAGCAGCCAUUGUGAUUCUUAUGUACACAGUGAUGACAUGGAUUCAGGAGAUGAGCUACCUUGCAGCGUGCGCAUUUCCCAUGAUAAGCAGGAUAAGUUACACGGCUGCUUAGAACAUCUCUUUAGUCAGGUUGAUGCAGUGACUAACCUUCUGAAAGGUCCAACUGUGGCAAAGGCAUUUGAACAAACAAAGAACUUCAUCCCAAAAAGAAAUCUGCAAGAAUUCAAGAAGGAAAUGGAGUCAACGAUCAGUUGCACAACGCAGCUCCGAAUUCACGUGCAGAGAGAUCCCUGGAAUUUACCGAGUGGUGUGCACAACCUUAUAGCUGCCAUUACAAGAUUUGUCGAAGAGGUACAGCAGCGAAUAUUCCUGGCUCUUCUUGAAAAUACAGAUACCGAGAUUCAACUCAGACAGGAUAUGGUGUUUUGUCAAAGUCUGGUGGCCACAGUUUGUGCUUUCUCGGAACAGCUGUUGGCGGCAUUGCAUCAGAUGUAUGACACUAACAGGGAGUACGAAAUCGAGGCACAGGAGGCGAGUAGAAAAUGGUUGGAACAAAUAGCCAAUGCAGGAAUCCUCUUUCACUUCCAGUCACUGCUAUCUCCUAAUCUGAUGGAUGAACAGGCUAUGUUGGAAGACACCUUGGUUGCCAUGUCUGAUUUGGAAAAAGUCACGUUCUACUUUCGACAGUCUGAAGAAGAGCCUCUCGUAGCAAAUAAUCCUAUUACAUACAAAGUAGAAGGAAAUCGACAAGCCUUAAAAGUGUUCUUCUACUUGGAGAACUACAAUUUCGAGCAGCUUCCUCAGAGGUUAAAGAAUGGAGGUGGUUUUAAAGUUCAUCCAGUUCUAUUUACACAAGCGAUGGAAAGUAUGGAAGGUUAUUACUAUACCGAAAAUAUGUCUGUGGAAGAAUUCCAGGCUCAGAUCAAUUCGACUUCUCUGGAGAAUGUAAAAAGAUACUGUCAAAAGCUCAGGGCGUAUUAUAUGGAUAAUUCAAAUUUGCCUCCAGGCUCCUCGAAAGCUGCUGCAAUUGAUAAGCUCCUGCGGCCACUCAAUGCUUUGGAUGAACUUCAUCGACUGAUGGAAUCUUUUAUCAGGUCAAAGCGCACAGCUGCUUCUGCUUAUACUGCUUGUAGUGCCUCUGGUGUGGGAUUGUUGUCAGUUUCUUCUGAACUCUGCAAUCGUUUGGGAGCUUGCCACAUCAUAAUGUGCAAUAGUGGAGUCCACAGAUGUACCUUGAGUGUCACUUUGGAACAGGCCAUAAUUCUUGCAAGAUGUCAUGGGUUACCUCCACGUUAUCUGAUGCAGGCUACUGAUAUGAUGAGAAAACAGGGAGCUAGAGUGCAGAACUCCGCUAAGAAUCUUGGAGUGAGGGACCGAACACCCCAGUCUGCUCCAAGAUUAUACAAACUGUGUCAACCCCCCCCUGAUGGUGAUGCUUGAAGACACCUGCUUCAAAACUUGAAGAUAUCUGGGCAUUGCUUCUUCAACUACAAUUCAGAGGGUUUGCACUGUAAAUAGUAGGAUACUCCUGGCUUUCAAACAAGAUAUUGCUGGGAAGUGCUGGUGAAAUGUGCUGCAUUUUCUAAGAUAAACCUCAGCUAUUCAAACUGGAAUAAAUGCUUUUCUUUGCCACAUCGAACAGGCACAAAUUAGGGUGGUUGUUCAGUAAAUUUCUUUUUCAAACCAUGAAGCUAAUUAUUGCUUAUUGUAAAUUUAUUAAGCAUAAAUAGGUUUCAUUAUCUAUCAAAUUAAGAAGCUUUAGUCAGUUUGUAUCUUUUACAAUCCUUUUAACUUUACCUUAAAGUAUUAAGCAAUAAUUUGUUGAUAAAGUUUUGUAUAUUUAAACAGGUUCACUAUUUAGGAUUAUAUUAUAACUGGCUCUUUUCAGGCAUAAGAACAUUAACAAAUGCACAGCAAUCAUUGUUGUUCGAAGCUCUCUACAGAUGAUAGCGAGUACGUGAAAAGACUGCAAUAUUACAAGGGGAUUCUGAUGUUUUAGGUAUCACAGCCAUAGUCUCUUUUUAUCACCUCAAGGCUGAGAUGAUGUUAUAAACUUAAUCUCAGCCCCAACCCGAAUUUGUUUAUUUUAAUGUGUUGGAAGAUCACAGCCCUGUUUUUUCUCUUGCGUGUAGAAUCCUCUGUGGCAGUAUUUGUAUUGUGAAAUAAGAAAGGAGGGGUCUUGAAGCAGCGUCUGUUUUCCUUCAUUUAGCAAGAAGGGAAGGUGAUUCAGUUUCGCUUUUGCAGAAAAUUAACUAUCUUGCAUACUGUAUAUUGUAAAUGCAUAACACUUGAACAAAUAUUCCUUUCAUCAAGCAAACAAUAUUUAAAUGCACAAAAUAUAAACUUUUACUGCCUUUUUAUUAGAUAGGAACUGAUGUAAAAUACAUUUGCAUUUGUAUAAUUAGGAACAAUAUCAGGUGACAUUCUCUCAGGAUUAAGACUUUUACUUACUAAUGUGCAAAAAUAACUUCAAGGUCUUAUUCUUGAUGUGGGUUUUUUUUAAGUAUAACCUUAUUCUCUUCUGUUGGCCAAUUUCAGUGUAACAAUUUAUGCUUGCUUUUAAGCAGUUGUACUUUACGGUGAAAUGGACAAUCAUAUUGAAAGUAGCUAGGCAUAGUUCUAAUCUUAAAUAAUAAAUAGUUGUAUCCAGAUAAUUGGCUACUUGAAAAGCUAUGACUUUCAAAUAUUUGAGUUUUACCAUAGUGUUCGUGGACAGGUAAUCAAACAUUCCAAGUUUAUGGAAGAGAAUCAUUUCACUUAGCUCAUCAUCUGGGUUAGCGAUAUGUUUCUACAAGGACUAGUUGCUUGUGUCCCAUUCAAGCAAUACUGUAAUGACCUGAAUAGCCUCCUUCAACACUCUAAAAACAAUCAACAAUUCUAUGACUCCCAAUUGUUACAAAUACCCUUCUUUUUUUUUCCAAGCAAACACAAAACUACCUUUUUCAUUUCACGGAGUCUUUUAUCAAGUUAAAAAUAGGUGUUCUUCUUAUAUUGAUUGCAUGCAUCACAUGGCAAUAACUUUCCCCAAUUACAUUUACUCUGUGCUUUCUAAGCAAUAAAGAUGCAAUCGGCAAACAAAAUUCAUUGGAUCUACUGAGCCCUGUUUACUUUCUAUAUGUCCAAAAUAAUUGUUUCUAGAUGAGGGUUUGAGGUUUUUGGGCCCACUUCCUGUUGAACGCCUGCCCAUCAGAAAACUGGAGGGGCAAUUCUUGUGAUUCACACUAGCACAGGUGUUAUUUCCCCAUUUUUGCCAUCGUCAAUGAACACUGCACUUGCCAACAGAAACCAGAUUAUAGGUUGCAGCCUACAACAUUGGCUUUCAGCUUUCAAUGAAACAAAUACAUUACAUCAGCAGUUACUGAAUUGAUGUGUCCCCGAAAGGUCGUUGCUUUGUGUUUCAUAAAUCUCACCCAUCCCAGUCAUUUCAGUAUAUUAAAAACCUCAUUAUUGAAGCAGGCCUAAGCAUGGAUGGCUUUAGGUCACAGAUAUCUAGAUUUGUGCCCCCGUUUCAACUUGAAGUCACACGUGUCUGGUAGGGAGGGAGAUCGGCCGGUCACUGGCUGUGGGCAGAGGUAGGAUUGUUGUACAGUGCAAUCACAACCUACAGGCCCGAGCACUGUUUAUCCCGUCCUCUGCCUUUUCCCUCAUGAUAUCCCUGUUGCUGUCAAAGAGAAUAAAAUAGCACUGCCUUGCUGCCCAUACGAUUGUAUCUACUUAAGCUGCUUAAUUAAUCACAAUUUAAUACUUCUGAAAGGUGGGAAUCACAAUUUUCAAAGCAAGAAUGUGGUAUAUUUCCUUUUCCUUCUACGGCACCUUAUGAUACAUUUGGUGCAUCAAAAAUGGGUGAAAUCCUAUUGCUAGAAAAAAUGUAUUUUAUUUCCCCGAGGACGAAAUUCACAUUUCCAAGUGCUAUCAUUGCUCCUCGGAGCCAGGUACCUGAUAAGCUGUUUCCAGAAACUGCUGCUGCCUACAAAUACAUACAGUACAUUAAUAGGGGCACUUACUUAAACAUUCAAUAUUACAUCAAUGCCUAGCACAUUAACUAUGAAUGUUAGAGUCAGAUUUAUAGAACAGAAUCUGAAGUAUCAAUGUUGUGUCCUGGGUUAGCACUUUCCCUAACCUAGUUUCCUGCAGGGGAAGUGACUGACCACUGCGCAAUCUCACAACAAACCCAAGUUGUGUCAUGUUUUGGAGCCAGUUGUUCGCUCUAAAACUAUUAUAUGAUAAAGCACUGUCUUUGAUUUUUAGAAUUUGUGAAAUCAUUUAAUCUAAUUUUAGCUUUACAUGGUUGGCAGGAAAUAGAUGCCACUGAUUUAGGACCUGUUUUACACACGAUCUGAUUUUGCCUUCUGACAGCGGGCUGCAGUUGGUUUCCUGUCAGUUUCCCACUGGAUGAGUUAGCAGAUAAUUACUUCCAUUACUUUACAGGAAUAUUUCUUUCUAAGUACUUUUAGUGACAUUAUGAAGUUAAGUAUGUCAAACUUACAUACUUUAAAAUGUGUGUUAAAGAAACUGAUAAACUUGAUUUUAUAUAAAUAAUCUGCUGAUUAGUAUCAAUAUAUAUGGUUCAUAUUUUAAGUAUUUUAAUCUUGCACUAACUUGCAGAAAUAGGAUUGGAAGAUGACAUUGGGGAAUGGACAUUAGAAAAAUACAGUCAUAUUAGUUCCUGAUGUAGAAUUUGCCUGACACAAGACUUUACUGUACAUACAUUCUGAAUCAAAUUUUAAUCAAGAUGGCAAAAGGUAAAAGAAGCAAAUGAUGUCACACCUUCAUUAUAAAAUUCAGUUAACUAAUAAUGGAACCUGGGUCAGUCAUAUUCCAUGUGGCUCGGAGAUGAAUCACAGAGUAUAUUUAAUAUAAACCAAUAUCACUUUGAUAGAUUUGCCAGAAAUGUUGAGAUUGUAGUACCUAAUAUUUUCUCUAUAUUUUCUGCAGUGACGGUGCUGAGGGAUUAUUGCAAUGAAAAUAGAAAAUCUAAAUGUAGUGGGGAGGAAAUUUUUGUGAAGGUGCAUUUUUGUGGACUUAUAAUGAAAUCUUCAUGAUCUUCAAUAACAAUGCAAAAAUAAUCAACUUUACGUAGCAGAAUUGUUCUCUUUCAUUAUUAUAAAUUAAAUUAUAAGUAAGAACUUAUUUGUUCUCUGAUAACUACAUUAUUCCCUUUGUUAAAUGAAACAUUCUUCAAAAUGGAAGGUAAAAUAUAGAAUCCAAUUUCCUUUCAUGUUCUUUAAAUGCUUUAAUAUUUCAUAAAGUAUGAUUUCAAAAGAUCCAAAUCAGGCUUUGAGAUCUUGAACUAUUUAACUUCCAUUGAUGCAAUGGUACAUUAUUUGAAUAAAGCCAUUGAGAAAGCUUAUUCUGGAAAUAAUUAAUGUUUCUGAGUGUAUUGACUGUGACUGUUAGACUGAGGGCUUUGAAUUUCUGUAAUGACUUAUAACUAGCGAUGUACCAUGAUGCAUGUUAGUUCUAUGUGUGUUACAUUUAAUCUUUUCCCUGAUAAAGUUAUAAGCUGAAGUUUGUAUGCCUUUCAAAAGAAUACCUUUCUCUGUAAAUACAUAAUUACAGUAUGCUGUGAUAUAUUGUUAAAUUAUACUGACUAUUUAAUCAUACUUAUAUAUUAAACACUUAAUGCAGGAAUGGAACACAGUGUUUAAAGCA